AUCUGACUUUUCUGCAUCCCAUCAGCCCCACCACUUGCGUAAAACUACACAGCCUCGUUACUAGAAUAACAUCAACUGCAGAUAAAAAUAUCAAUAACCUACGCUUAUUUGAAUAUGAGGCUCAAGUAAUCGACCAAAAUAUUUUAAUACAACGUGCAUAAUAGUUCUGGAGUUAUGGCACCACCCUGUGGUUAAAAAGGAAAUAUAUGGAAAUAUAUCAAAGACGGUGGACGAAGUCGCCUCAAUAGCCUACUAAAAUGAAACCUAAAGACUUUCAAAAAACAAGAAACUGAGCUCAUUUAAAUUUGAAUUGAAUUGAAUUGAAUUGAACUUCAAAUGCAGGCUAUCUACAAGACAGCCUCUUCUGUCGAAGGCUGUGUAGUUUUCAACCAUGAAAGCUUAAGGGAGCAGACAAAACAGAAAUGAAAAUUGUGAAAUUGGUGUUUAAUUGAGUUGUGGCACCACCUGCUGGUAUGGCCUGUGAUUGUGGGACGGAUCAGAGAAUAAUUAGCUUUUCUAGUGUCUCAGAGAAUUUGAGAUGUAGGCUACAUUUGUUUUUAAAUGUGUAGUUUGAUACCUAGGCGACAGUGGCUUACUUUAUGAUGAUGUUAGAAUGCACCAAGUGUGUUCCUGACGCUGAUGUCAUAAUACAAUGUUUGCUAAAAACGCACAGAACGCUAAAGGUAGACCAUUUCAGAAAACACAAUCUCGAGAAAGCCACGACUUUAAGAAGCGCAAGAACUUUACGGAACUAUUCAGAUGAUUUCAAAUAUGGGUGUUUGCAAAGAGAUCCACAUCGUUGAACCCCACUGGGAACAUGUCUUCCACACCGAGAAGAAGGAAAUGUUGACGAUUUUCAUGGGCCUCCAAAGGCAUGGGAUCAUAAGGCCCCACUUCACCAUGCAUGACAUGAUGGAAUAUUUGGCUUAUCAGGAGAGAGAAGCCUUCAUGGACAGGUCUUGUCAAAUGACUGGGAUUGUUGAUGGCCCAUCCUGUUUGAUCUGGGAGGUAAACAUCCUCAUAAAGCUGAUGGAUAUCCAGCGCGAGAUUGACCAAGAGCUGUUGGAGGUUAAGGAAACUUCUAACGCUCUAGCAAUUCGCAGUGAGAUAUCAAGCAUCUCCUCACCACCACUGUGGGCAGUCAAAAUGGCAGUGAAGGUCAUUGGCUACCGGUUCAUCUACCGGCCAUUUGCCCAGGACCACCACAUAUCCGAAAUAGUGGUGGAUGUGGUUGCCAGGCUGGUCCAUGCCAUGGAGGCCGAUCUGCUGGUAGAUGCUGCCAACCAUGCCUUGUGUCUCUUUCUGAGAGCCAAGGCCGGUAGCAUUGCAGUGGAGGUCCUCAGAAAGCUCCCUCAAGAUAGGAUUGCGUAUUAUAUCCAUCUUACAGCCAUGAGGAUAGUCCAGUCCCUUCAACGCAAACUGAAAUCCAUGGAGAUCAUGAAACAGGCCGCAAACUGCAACAGUGAUGAAUUAAUGGUUUUAUUAACUGGAUUUAUUUUUUGUAAACUUUCAAAGCACUUUUGUUCAAACUCUUUGCCGCUGCUACCUGGAAACAUCCUGACUCUCAUGCUGAAGGCUUCAGAAAGAAAAUAUCCUACUGCCUCCAUGAAGCUGGUCAUUCAUGAAGACACUGUGACAUGUGUCUUAGUUUUUGUCCUGCGUCUGGUAUUUCCAGAUGACGACAAUGUUGCUGCUCAGCUACAUGUCUGGCCAGUGUUGGACGAAGUGGUGGACAGACUGGCCAUGUGUGGGGCAAGGGUGACCAGAGACGACCGAAAAGACAAUUUUCAUAUCCACAUUAAGGAGGUCAUUGACAUGGCUCGCUCCAUUUAUGAGCAGCUACUGGAGGGCUCAGGAAUACAAGCCAACUUACAGUAUGCGGUGGCUGCCAGGGCUCGCAUGGUCUCAAGAGACUUUGCCAGCUUUGUGUCAGAGGCCAUAUUAAAGACACACCAGGAUAGAAUAGAUCAUGUGGUCGGCACGUCAGAGAAGGAGGAUGAUCCAUGCCUCCAUCAGAAAAAUGCGCUGAGAAAUCUUGUGGCCAGGUUUGUCUACAGACUUUUCCCGUUCUCAGACCUCCUCAAAUGCUUCCAGCUGGCUGACCAGUUAUGUACUCUCAUUCAGCAAGACAUAACAGACAAAGAGGCAGCACUCCCACGGUCACUGGACAAACUGCAGGAGUCAACUGUUGUUGUCCAUCAAGAGAUUGCAGGACGGUGUUACGAUGGUUACUUGCUAAUCUUCCCUGUGAGAGACGGCUGGGACAUUGACUCAUUUCUGACUGACAAGGAGCACUGUAUACGCACAAAAGGCUUAAUUGUAAAGAGCAUUAUUCAUGAUUUCAAGGACAUUUUAUCUGCCCGAGAUGAAGAAAAGAGAAGGAAAGCAGAACAGGAGGCAGAACAGAAUGCCAAGGAUCCUGAAGAUACACUUACAAAUGUAGAGGAAGAAAAUGAAGGGCCCGCCCAAGGGGAGGAGGAAUGUGAUGCACACAUAACUCCUACCAUGAAGAACCCUGACACCUUCAGCAUCGCAUCAACCAUUAGCAGCCUGACCCCUAUCCAAGGCUUUUUCAGAAGGAUGUGGAGGGCAGUGUGCUGCUGUGCAACUUCCCAGGAGGAGGAUUGAGACACUCCAAUAACGACCUCUUCUACCAGGGGAGAACAACUCCUGGCACCUUUUAAACAAUAAAUGAAUUUGAUUUGCCUCCCCUCA